AGGUGCUUGUUGGAUAGCAGGUCUUUGCCACUGAGCGACUGAGCCUUCUUUGCACUCUCUGCAUAAAUCACAAGACACAGGUAAAUGGUAUGCUUUGUAGCUUUAUUUUGAAUCGUGAAACAUCCGACAGAUAUGUUUUAAGAUUUGUUCAGAACGACAGCGUGCUAAAGUUGUUAACUUCGCAUUUGUUUACAAUGUCAAUUACAACCUUGAUUUGUUGGGCAAUUUCUGAUCACUUGUUAACGCACCCAGGGUGCUCUAUGCGGCCUAAAUAAAACAGCUUGCAGCAGUAAACGGUUUUCAUUCUCGAUCACAAAGUUAUCCAAGCUUCAGAUCACUCGGCUUUGUCUACAGUAAAGAACAUUUUCAUUAUGAUAGGGGUGCAGGACAAAAGAGAGUUGACUAACCUUGUUUCACAACUGAGUGAUCGUAAUAGCAUUAUAUUGGCGAUUCACGCGAGUGUUUCAACACGUGUGUAAUUAAGCUCUCACAAGCAAGAAGAUGAGGUAGAUUUUGUAUUUCGCUCUGGUUCCCAACUGGAAAGACUUCGUUACAUGUUUUUGUUUUCAAUUCUCUGAAGGGUUAACGAACGGAAAUGAUAUUUCUGUGAAGUAUUGACGAACCAUGUUUAGUCCACUUCAGUCGCCUGUUAUCUCCCUUAAAUAACAUUUGGCGUCCAUAUCCGUAACAAAAAAGCUUAUUAAUCUCAGGAUUUAACAAAACUAUACCGUUUUAUUGCUUCUACAACCAAAUUAUAGGCUGAAAAAUUCAGAAUACCUCAAGCGGUUUUGUUUGCUUCAUGUCACCACUAGUUUAAGUGUACUGUAUAUUGUCCUCAAGGGUCAAAAAAGCAGCCUUCUUAAAAUACAUUGGAAAAAAAUCCAUCAACAGGAAAAGCCAUUUUCAGAACCAUUACAGUUGUUUUAGUUAAACUUUUAUUGCGAUUUAAAGGGAAGUUAAAGAGAUUUUUCUAUGCAAAUAGUUGCUCUCUCAUGAUGAAAGAGUUAAAAAAACGAAAUACAAUCAGAAACAUAUUUACGCUACGGUUGAGUGGAACCGUCCCCUUUCCUUGAAACCUGUCGAAAUAAUUUAGCUCUCCUCGUAUCUAAACCGCGAUUAGUCUGAUAAACAAUCACUGUUUUUGAAUGGUUCCUACACACAAUGCCGCGUGGAUUGUGAAUCAAAGAAUCUCAGUCAUUUUCAACUGGCACAGACAAACGUCUUUUGACCAUUCCAUUCUCUAAAACCGCAAGUGCUUCAGGAACUUGGUUAAAAAAAUCACUGAAUUUAAGUACCUAAGUAUCAAAUAUUUACACACAAAGAAAGGCAUCGAAAUGCGAUUUGUUUCAGAGCUCAACUAGCGAUAAGAAGUCGCAAGUCAUUUUCAACCGCUCGAGAAAGGUUUUAUUUUUGGAAAACACGGAAAAACCUCGGUAUUAAAAGAACGUAGACACGGCUUUUCUUGUGUAAGUUAUUGAUAAGAACACUUGCUGAACUCCGUGGGGUGCUGGUUUCUUUUAUUUCGGCUGAAUAUUCUUUUUCCAAUUGUUUGCAUUCAAGUCAUAUUUGUCUAUGUCGUUGAAAUGGGUUCCGUUAGUACAAACAUUUGCGGCCAGGACAAAGGUUAUAGACUCUAAUUUGAGUCUGUAAUUAAAAAGGAGACCGACUUUUCAUAGAACAAAUUCUAUCUUAACCAUCAGCAUCUCUAAACAAAGCUAUCUGUAAAUUCUAUCGUGCUUUUUUGUUUUAUUUGUGGCCAGUUUAGAUCAGUUAUCAUUUUUAAUUAGCCUGCAGAAAGUUUAUGAAGAAUAGUUUGUUUGAAUUUUGAGUAAUUUGAUUUGAAGGCCAAUUAUAUCUUUUGAUUUUUUUUAACGUUCGGUAAAAUCCUAAGGGCCUUUUACGCUUGUCUGAUCAUUAUGCUCUGUCUAGCUGCCAAAACACCUAAAAAAUGUACAAAAAUCGCUCAAAAAUCCUAAUCUCCUUUUCAGAAGAAUUAUUGAUUAAGAUGAAGCGGGUGCCACGGCAUCACACCUAACAUCGUUUAAUGUUUGAAUCACAUUGCAAUAUUGAUUAAAAAUUGUACAAAUUACCACUGAUAAAGUAGUUUUUCGAAAACUCAGGCACAAUAAUGACGAACGAAAUCCCAGUUUUUCCAAGGCAUUUCAGAAAAAUGAAACCGACAAAUUGAGCUACCUUGAAAAUCAGCCUUUAAAGUUUAUCUUAGAGACUGCGACCUUAAGCAAUCAGGACGGCAACACCGAAGAAGACAUCGAUUGAAAAGGAAUUUAUAAUUUAAGUUGGAAUUUUGCUUAGGGUUAGAUGUGUUUUCCGUCUCUUACGACGCUAGACCCCGACUUCACCAGCAGCGAUAACUUAGAUAUACGAUUUGCUAUCGGGGUUUAUGUCCACAGACUACACAAAUUUUGGAGGUCUCACGUUGUUGUUUUGCAGAAGACGGCUGAGAAAUGUACAUAGUUUGAAGACGCACGCGCUGAGCUUUAAUUCUGCCCAUUAGAUAUCAGUUUUUUUGCCAUGUUCUCGUAGCCGUCACCGCCGUGGUUUCAUGCUCAAGGGCCCUAUUAUGAUAAGCAAAGCCUCACAAAAUUUCUGGAAAAGUGUUUCUGGUUGUGUGGAAUUCAGAGAAAUUCCAUGAAGCAAGUGACUGCGUUGUCAAAUUGCGGUCGGUUUAUCGAUGGCGCGUGUGGUUGGCUUCUCACCACAUGGAUUCCCUCGUCUUAUCACCUCUUCAGCCUCUCAGUUCACCUUUUGAUCGUCUUCUUGGCACCUUAUGGAAUGUGCCAUCGGGCUUGUCGCGGUCGAAUUGGCAACAUUUGCUUCAUGUUGCAAACACCUAACAUACAUGAUUUAAAACAUGUGUGUUUUAGUACACAAUGACUUCGAUUGAACCACAAACUCUUUAUCUGUGGGAAAGUACAUAUCGCAUGGUUGUUGCAAAAUCGUUGGAUAAUUAGCCAGCAGAGUAGAGCUUGAUGAAAAUGAAAGCUGCCAUCUUUGGUUCUUACAGCGGCGGAGACUGGGGAGAGAUAUAAAUUUUGUAUCAAGGGGUGAGCGACAGUAAAAAGGAGUGAGAGGGGAGAGGUGGGGCAAUAGAAAUAACUGCGUCUUCUCACCUUUCUCAGUCCCCUCCCCCUCCUCCUACCAUCCACUCUACAUGGCCGGUUUACUAAACGAUCUUUAUUCCCUUGGUAAAACACCUGCAGUAUGGGGGGAUGGGGGAUGGGGGUUUACAGCAUGUCACACCCGGACUACCCAAUCAGUUGUUAUGUUGACAGACAUGCACGCUGUAUUUUAUUGAUUGUGAAAUUUUUCAAGUUGUGUAUAUUGUUCAGAUUCGCCGGCUCUCUUUGCACGGAGAUUAUAUGAUUUGAAUUUUGAAUGAAUUUUUGAAAAUUCAUCUCUCAAAGGGUGGUAAAUGUCACGGGGGGAGGGGGGGGAGGGGGUUUCACGAACAUCUCUCCAGGACUUCCCCAUAAACAAACCUCUUUCUUGCCAAGAACUCGCAAUGAUAUGCGAUCUGUUUUUGCUUCAACAAGGCAGCUCUCAACGGUGAUCACCCGGAACCAAAUCAUGGAUUUGAUCAAUUAUUUGUCCGCCGAAGAAUGGCAAAUUGCAGAAGGAGGGAAUUUAGAAGGUACAGAAAUGGUGGUUACAUUAAAUCAAAUGGAUCAGACACACACUGUGCAACAUUGAGUGUUACCAUAGAGCUAAAAAAAGCUCAUUCAUCUAGAUACUUCAAAUAUUUUUUCUUCAUUCACAACUGAAUUAUGAAUGACAACUCCAAAGAAAACAGAGUUGGGUUAGGACUUGCAUAAAUCUGAAAAGCGUGCGUAGUCUUUACCCUUCUUUGCGCGCGUGUUUGACGCGCAUGCACCCCCUUGCACCGCGAGUUUCUUCCACCUCCGUGCCUAAUGGAAAGAUGCUCGCGUUAGCUCCUUACUUCUUAUCGUCCUGCUAGUGAUCUGCUAGUGCGCGCGCAACCCUCGCUUCACGCGAGGGUUAAGCGCGCUAAACCCUACACCCUAACCCUAAUCUUUCUCUUUCCUAUCUGUUGCAUAGGCAAAAAUCUCGGUAAUAGGUGAAAUUGAAGGUGAGAGAAAUGAUGAAGUAACAAACUCAAUGAAAUAAACUUUCACAGGUUUUGAUGAAUACCGCAUCAUUCGCCGAGCCUCAGAAGGCCAGGGCAAGUACAAAUAUUCCGCCUUCGAUCCGAAAAAGGAACUUCCGGUGGAGCUCCACAUUACUGGAGCGUCAGAAUCCAGAGAUCCCUUGAAGGAAAUCCAAGUUAUAAACCUGCGCGUCGACGGUAACAAAUAUAUCACAGGGAUAAACGACAAUGGGGAUUGUGUCGUAAGGAAAUAAGUGCACCCUAUAACAUUCAGUCAAAGUUUUUCGAUGCACUGAGAGAAUAGCUAAAUUGUAAAAUUUUUAAAACGUCUUCAUUAUUUCCGAUACCUUAUACUGCAGACGGGAGUCUUUAAGCUAUGACGUCAAGUUAUUUUACGAAAGUCCGUGAGUUACUCUGACUAAAUGAUUUUGAUAACCCUAGUUAUAAACGAGCAUAUGGAGAAAUAUGAACGAAAAUUGAGACUUAAAUAGAAAAAAAAGAAGGCUUGACGUAACCUGACGUAAUUUGCGUCAGGCCCUAAUCAUUAAAGCUCUGAAAGACGCGCGUUUCGCCCUUGGGUGGAUUCAAGACGAGUCAGGGAGAGGUUCUCCGGGGAUCGGACCUUCAUUAUAAGUGCUAGAACCCUGCCAGACCUCUCGACGAUUUGUGUUGCUCAAGGCCUCAUAUGGGCUCGAUUCCCGCCGCUCUCUCCCGUCCGGUCUUCGCUCCUCCCCGAGAAGAGCCAGCUCGACGCUUCAAGGGGAGGAACGCAGGCUCAUAUUACCGAACAGCGACUGGUAAUCGAGCCUAGACUUCACAAUUCCCGCUGGCGAAGAAGAGCUCGUUCUGAAGCGCUAAUAAUGAGAGCUUGAGACUUGACCACACCCUUGAAAAACAGAACAAAUCGCUUCAAAAAAUUUACGUAACUGUCUUUGUGAACUUGGUAGCUACAACAGUAAAACUCAUUUUCCUUUACCAGAUAUCUUUUGUAUAGACAUAAAGAUUAUCAUCAAAAGUAUCUUUAUCAAGGUCAGCAAAUCCUUAGGCCUCACGUGAAGGAGUGCGAAGAGUAACAAAAGGGGUGCAAAAAA